AUGGAGUAUAAAGGAGACACUCAAACAGAUAUAUUUUCGUCAGAACAAAUGGCUUCGAAAACAUUUAUAUUUUCUAAACCUCGCAUAUUUAGUUCUGCUGAAUCUAUUAAUUCUGAGAUUAAUUUUGAACAAUUAUUAGAUACAUCUGUUAUUAGAAAAAACUUAUUUACUUUUGCUAUGCCAAUGUCAGUAACACAAUCUAAUGAUCAAGAUGUAUCUGUUUUCCAAAUGGAUACAUGUGAAAAACAAUAUAAACCAAAAAUAUCAAGAAAUUCUUAUAAACCAGCUGUUAAUGUAUUUGCUCAAGCACUUAAAGAUACUGCAAUGUUUGAACAAUUAAAAAAAAAUUCUAGAUCACAAGCUACUAAAGUUAAUCCAGAAAAUUCAAUAACAUGUACAAAUGUGCCUCAAUCAUUACUUACAAAAGUAACAGCAAAAGAAUAUUUCAUUCAAUUUGGAAAUCUUUUAAAAAUUACUAUUCGUUCUAAAAAACAAAUAAUUACAGUUAUUUAUGCUACUAAAGAAGAAGCAAAUAUUGCUUAUAAUAAAAGUGGUGAAUAUUUAGGAGAAAAAUUUAAUGUAGAAUGGACAAAAUCAUGUGUUUCACCAAAAUCUCCUACAAAGAAAAAAGAUUUACAAAAGAAUAUUAUACCACAAAUUGUAUCUAAUUUCUUUAAAUCGCCUGAUGAUGAAAUUAAAUCAGAAUUAGAAGCUAUGACAAAUUUAGAAUAUAAUCUCCAUAAUAGAAAUAAUAUUGAUGGAUCUUUAAUUAAAAGACAUAAAACAUUGCAAUCAAAAAAUAUAUCGAAGUCAAUUACAAGAUUAGAGAAAGCAUCUGCAAAAGCUGAAAAACAUAAAUCUGAUAGUCAAAUAUCUGAUUUAUUGCCUAAUGCUACCAUUGAAGAACUACAAAAUAUAAUUCAACAACCUGCAUAUACUUCUGAAGAUAAAUAUAAAGUAUUGGAAGCAAGAGAUCGUCUUAUGCGGAUGAGGCAAGUUAGAUCACAUACAUUAGCAGCAGCUAAAGUAAUGACCGGAACAUGUCCUGAUAUGUGUCCUGAAAAAGAACGUUUAAUGCGUGAGGCAAAGAGACAAGUGGCUUUAUAUGAACAGCUUGAAACCAAUGAGUACAGAAUAAAUCACAUGAUAGCAGUUAAGCAGUACUCUAGAUCAUCUGCAGAUCAGGAAGAACCAAUGGCACAUGAAUUAAGACCAGUGAAAUCUUUAAAAAUGACUAUGAGUUAUUUACUUCAUGAAAUAGUAAAUCUUUGUGAUCAACAGGGGACAAAUUUGGGAGAGUGGUAUCAUUUUUUAUGGGAUAGAACAAGAGGAGUUCGAAAAGAUAUAACACAACAAGAAUUAUGUUGUAUUGAUAGUGUGGAAUUAGUUGAACAAUGUGCUAGGUUCCAUAUAGUAUGUUCUGAAAGACUUUGUGCAGAAGAACCAUCUGUUUUUGAUAAGAAAAUCAAUUCCGAUAAUUUAACAAAAUGUUUACAAUCAUUAAAAUACAUGUAUCAUGAUUUGAGAGUAAAGAAAAUUAAUUGUGAGAAUGAACCUGAAUUUCAAGCAUAUAUUAUUUUACUAAAUUUAAACAAUGGCAAUUUUAUGUGGGAUUUACAAAGGUUGCCAAAAAAUAUACAAAAGUCAUCAGAAGUUCGAUUUGCAUUAGAAAUAUAUUCUGCUCUUGAAUCAAAUAACUAUUAUAAAUUUUUUAAGCUUGUUCAAAAAACUACACAUUUAAAUGCAUGCAUCUUACUUAGGUAUUUCAAUCAAGUAAGAUUAAAAGCAUUGUCAGUACUAGUCAAAGCAUAUUGCAGAACUGCAUCAACAGCAUAUCCACUAUAUGAAUUAAUUGAUAUUUUAGGUUUUGAAAGUGAAAAUGAAGCUAUAUAUUUCUGUGAACAAGUAGGAUUGAAUGUUUCAAAAGAUGGCUUACAUGUGUUAUUAAAUCGACAUAAUUUUACUAUGCCUGUAUUAAAUAUAAAACAGAAUAGAGCUUGCAAUUUAAUAGACUCUAAACGAAUUAGACAACAUUUAUCAAUUGGAGAAUGCAUAGCGGGAGGGAAAAUGCCAGAAAAAACUUAUAAAUAUCAUAAACCCCACAACAGCUUUAAUUCACAUGGUUAUUUAAUGCCUGAUUCUAUCAAUGCUGAAGAUCAAAAUAAAAAUAUUUUUUCAUCAACUGAUCCAUAUGAGUUUAUAGAUGAAGAUAUAGUACAAACUGAACAAUCAAUGUUAUCAUCUGAAAGAAGUCAAGGUCAUGUUAAAGAUAUGGUACAGAUCAAUAAAUUCCAAACAAAUAUAAAUUCAGGAUUAAUGAAGUCCAAAACAGAAAAUGAGAAAGAUCCUAAGACAUUUAGCUUCAUACAACAACAGCAACUAAAUGAAUCUUCUAUUUUAUCUAAUAUAUUCAAUACUACACCAACAACAUCAAAAACUUCUAAUACAUUUCCUAAGAAAUUUGAAUUACCACCAAACAGUGAUAUAUCUCCAUUUGUAACAGCUACAAACAAAAACAUAUUUUCAGAAAUGUCACAAGGAAAUACAUUUAUGAAAAAUCUUACACCUUCUACAGUAUUUUCUAGUACAUAUUCAAACAAGCAAACUGUUCCAAAGUCACCAAACAUUAUAAAUUCUGCUACUAUUAUGAAUAAAAAUAUAUCAAAAGAAACACAAGAUAUUUUUGCACAUACAAAAGAAAUGAAAAGAUCAGCUUCACAAGAGGAAAUGACUGAAAAGUUAAAAUCAGAAGAACACGAAUCUGUUAAGAAAUCACAACAGAUUGAUGAUAUGGCCAAAAGAAUUUUAAAUUCCUUACAAACAGAAGUAAUACAAGCACACUGUUCUGCUGUAGUAAAGGAAGAAGUAGAUAAACUGUAUAUGUAUAAUACACUCAGUGAGGAUAUUAAUAAUGAAAUUUUAAAUGAAGUAACUUAUGAAAUUUGUAAUAAUUUAUUAAAAGAAGAAAUCGUUAAUGCACGGAAAUUAUGUGAAAUAUCGAUAAAAAUAAAAAACAGAGUAAUUAUAAAAUAUUUCAAUAUAUGGAAAUUUAAUACUGUAAAGAAAAAACAACAAAGAAAAGUAUUAGAAAAUACACCUGUAUGGUUGCAAAAGCAUUCUAGUAAACAAUGUGCAAAAUUAUUGUAUUCAAAACAACAAAAUUUAGUUAUUAAAAGUAUGUGCAAAAAACGAAAUGAACCAAAAAAUGUUGAAUGUUAUUCUGAGUCUUUAGCACCAAUUAAAGUUAUAAUUUAUAUUGGUAUUAAAGAAUAUUUAAAAUCUUUAGAUAUUAACAUACAUUCGAAUUAUUAUUGGAAAUUAGUUAUUUCUUGGCCAAAUUUACAUAACAAAGCAGUUUUAUGGCAAUAUAAAAAAAUAAUAAAUCAAUAUCUUUGUCCUGAAGAUUAUACUACAGAUCCCAUUAUGAAACUAUAUCAACCAAAUGAAACUGAAACUUUGCAUAUCUGUAUUAGACAUUUUGAAGGUUUAAUUAGUGAUCAUAACUUAAUAGGAUCAGAUGCUCUUUUAUUUAUAGCAGAUGCUACUGAAGAGAUUAAAUUUAUUAUCAAACGUUUAACAAAAACCGUAUUAUCAAGAGACAGACUUAUGCCUAUUCCACUUGUAUUUAUUAUUUUGGGUGAUUCAAAUUUUCAAAUUCAAAAUAAAGAAGUUGUUUCUAAUUUAGAAAAAUUACUGCAGUCUGGAUAUUUAUCAGUGUAUACGAUUAUGCAUGAAAAAAAUUUAACUGAGAAAACAAUUUUAAAUUUAACUCAAAGUGCAAUACUUUGGUUAUCUAUAAAUAAAUCACCUCAAAAUCCACUGCAAAUGGAUUACUUGCAAAAUAUUUAUAAUACCUGCUUAACAGAAGAUUUAUGGUUGAGAAUAUAUGAUAACUCGUUUUCCAAUGAAAAAUUAAUACAUGCUUUAGAAGAACCCAAGUUUAUAAUUGAUUUACAUAAUGAAGCAGUCUCCUAUUUAAUAGACAUAAUAUUAAAUCCAGAAUCUUUUAUGUAUACAAAAUUUGCUCCAGAAUUUCAAAAAUUUAUUAAAAAACAAUGUAUGAUGCCAUGUAAUUAUGAACAUUUUGACGACACUUGGAAAAAUGAAGAUUAUAAAGCAAAAUUGGAAAAAGUGAUGUCUAGUUUUAAGCUACCUCAAUGGAAGUAUCCAUGGCCUAUAAAUAAUAGUGUCAUAUUUCGUCAACACAUAACAAAUUACUGUCAAGAAGCAUUAUUUACUUCUGAUAGUGAUGAAAUAUGUUGUAAUAUAUUAAGUAAUUUAUUUAUUACAACUGGAAUUUUAACUAUAUCAAAUUUUAUAGAUGUUUUAUUGUAUAUUAUUAAGCAGAAAAUAUAUCUUCUCGAUAAAGAUUUAAAAGUAAUUUAUAAUAAGAACUAUAUGAAACACUUUCAAAUUUUGCCAUGGUGGUUAAAAUCUAAUGUAUUAACUAAAUAUAAGAUUGUGAUAAAAGAUAUUAUUCAAGAAACUAGAAAAGAAAAGAAAAAAAGGAAUGCUAUUAAUGAACCAGUAGUAAAAAAACGAAAGUUAAAUGAAUUUCAAGAAAAUAAUUUUGAACUUGAACCAUUAGCAACAUUUUGCGAAAAUAGUCGCAGUCAAGUGAUGUUAAAAAUUAACUAA